AUGCGGGCCGGCCAUUCAACGUUGCCCAUUUUCGAAAAGUCCCCUGAAGAUGGCUGGCAUUCUUUGAAAGAGCACAUGUCCGGGUCGCCUGAUCGAAUUCCCGACAUGGGCUUCGCUGACUGGCUUGUCGUUAUUGACGAGUCUAGCGAGACGUCGGAUUUGCAAGCCCAGCGUCGGGACUACCUUCUUCCAGCAAUUACCAAGGCCCUACAAGAAGAAUCUCAAGGUCGUUGUGAAUGGCCUGUGUCGCGGUUCACGGAUACCAACCAAACGGUCGGCGACGUAGUCAUAUGUUUCGAUCCUCAAUCUUCCUACGAUACCUCACACAUGCGUCACUUGCUUGACACCAAAACGCUUCAGCGUGUGCUGGCACACGCAAUGCAAACGAUACCGCCCGAUAUGGACCCAACUCUUGUUUCCCGGUGGAAACGCGGCGAUGUAUGGCUUCAGCCUCUCACACCCACGAGUCAUGGACCCGAAGCAUUUAUGAAAGAAAGCGUGUCAUUGGAAUGGCUCAUUUCGCUAGUAGGCAGCGCUUUCUGGCGUGCUUGGAUUGUGAUCCACCAGGCGGAUCCGAUCGACUUUACUGUUCUCUUGGCUGCCUACAUCAUGAUGCAUGGUUCUUUCGUGCACCUUUACGUAUCUAUGAGCCAUUUUCCUAAAAGGUUCUGGCUUGGCACAUGCGUUCUGCUCUCAUCCUCAUUUGCAUUCCUUCUUGCACUUGUUAGUGCAAAUAUGCUGUCGUUGCCCGUGGAUCCUGUCAUCCUUUCGGAAGGUCUGCCUUUCUUGGUCAUUACCGUGGGCUUUGAAAAACCAUAUUUGCUAACGAAAGCAUUUUUCUCACAGUCAGCUCCCGAGACCAAGACACAUACAGACAUGACACCACACUCCCGGGGCACGCCCGAGGACGAUUUUGUUCGCGCCUUGACGCAGCGUGUUCAAGAAGAACAAGAGCUUGGUAUUCUUGUAGCCACUCCGAAACCUGUGCCUGAUGUGGCCGUGCGUGCAGUCUCUGAUGCAGGUCCAGGUCUUUUCCGCGCGUAUGGUAUUGAGAUGUCAAUCCUACUCUUGGGUAUUCUGAGCGGCAUCCAUGGCCUGCGUGAAUUUUGCUGCUUAGCUAUGUUGAUCCUGUUUUUCGACUCUCUUCUGCUGUUCACCUUCUUUUUGGCCGUGCUGUGUGUCACGCUAGAGGUGAAUCGAAUUCGUCAGCCUCUCGUGACGCCCGAGGUGCAGCGUGAAAGUGACAAAGAUACUCCCACGGAAGCUCCUGCUGAGCCUCAAGUUCGCGGUCCACCGAAACACAAGUCAUCACACCUCUCUUUAUACCAACGCGUCUUUGGCUCAAUGGAUCAUCCCUUAUCACGACUGAAGUUCAUGCUUCUUUUUGCACUUGUUGCAUUGCAUUCCUUAAACAUGCUUUCGACCCUGUCUCUACCAACCACCAUCGCUCGACACCAUACGGCUCGGCCACGUACGAUGUAUGAGGAAGUCGUUUCCUCAUCCGACAUGUUCCGUGCUUCAAUGACCCAUCCGGCUAUGUCUGCCUUCUUCCAUGUAUAUGAUAUGUUUUCUGCGGCGCAUGCGGUGGCCUUUAUGCCUCCAAGUGUGCUGAUUCUUACAGACAGAGCUCACACGGUAUCUGGAUCGUUAGCGGCUGCAGCCAUGAAGACUGCUACUCCGCGGUAUACUGCGUUUGACAGCUUCAUGCACACGUGGACAUCCGUUGCCAGUGAUCCUGUCAUUGGAAAAUGGCUUUCUUUGGCACUCUUGCUAAGUGUGUUUUUAAAUACGUUCCUUCUAAAAGGUAUUGCUAUGCGCAAUCCUGCUGUGAUCGAGGGCAAUGCUGUGCGCGUGACAGCGCAGGCUGCAGCUCGUCUGAUCGGUGCACAUCUUGAGGAAGACUGGUAUAAGACACCCAAAACUCGCGAAGAACCUUCCUCGACACCUCGUGUGACGUUUGCACCACCGCCACCGUCUGUGCCGCCGCCAGCUUCCAGCGAUCCGCCUCGUCCUUACAAUGAGUUGCGGACUUUGUUUGAUAAAGAAGGGCCUGGCGCCCUCAAUAACGAGGAGAUCGUGCUUCUGGUGCAGAAAGGCGUUAUCGCACCCUAUGCUCUCGAGAAAGUGCUCCAGGAUUAUCAACGAGCCGUCUUGAUCCGUCGCGCUGUCCUGUCACGAGCAUCUGAAACACAUAUGCUGGAGAACAGCCUACUGCCAUUCAAAGACUACGACUAUGCGUCAGUAUUUGGUGCGUGCUGUGAGAAUGUAGUGGGGUAUAUGCCACUGCCGCUGGGCAUCGCUGGCCCACUCGUUAUUGAUGGAUGCAUGACACCCAUUCCCAUGGCAACAACUGAAGGUACAUUGGUUGCGUCUACAAGCCGUGGGUGCAAGGUGUUGAAUGCAAAUGGCGGCGUCACAACGGUCCUGACGCAGGAUGCUAUGACCCGUGGUCCUGUGAUUGAAUUCCCCACACUCACGAGUGCAGCACGAGCGAAGCGCUGGAUCGAUUCUGGUCACGGUGCCGAUGAAAUCAAAGCCGCUUUCGACAGUACUUCACGAUUCGCACGUCUCACGUCGCUGCACACUGUUCUCGCAGGUCGAACGCUCUAUGUGCGCUUUGCCACAUCAACAGGCGAUGCAAUGGGCAUGAACAUGAUUUCAAAGGGUGUUGAGGCUGCACUAGGCAUGAUGAAGGACAAACAUUUCCCUGAGAUGGAAUUGCUUUCUCUCUCUGGUAAUUAUUGCAUUGACAAAAAGCCUGCCGCAAUCAAUUGGAUCGAGGGUCGCGGAAAAAGUGUUGUUGCAGAAGCUGUGAUCCGCGGAGACUCUGUCCGUUCCAUUCUCAAGUGCACGGUCGAGGAUCUAGUUCGUUUAAACACGAAAAAAAACCUGGUUGGAAGUGCCAUGGCUGGCUCUAUUGGUGGUUUUAAUGCACAUGCUGCCAAUAUUCUCACUGCCAUGUACAUUGCGACCGGCCAGGAUCCUGCACAAAAUGUGGAAAGCAGCAACUGCAUGACACUCAUGGAGGCUGUCAACGACGGAAAAGAUCUUCUAGUCUCUGUCAGUAUGCCGUCUGUCGAGGUCGGCACUGUGGGUGGUGGAACAGGUCUGGCCCCUCAGCGUUCUAUGCUUGAGUUGUUGGGCGUGCAGGGUCCCAACAGGGAUACUCCAGGUGCAAAUGCGCAGCGUCUUGCAAGAAUUAUUGCCGCUGCUGUUAUGGCUGGUGAACUUAGUUUAAUGGGCGCUCUCUCUGCUGGUCAUCUUAUCAAAGCCCAUAUGGCGCAUAAUCGCAGCGCACCUCCUACCCCUGGUACCAUGUCACCCAUGCCCCGAGAUCAGCAGUACAAGCCCACCAUGACGCCUCUUAUUGCAACACCUAUCGCUGAUGUUAGCCAGAGGAAAGGACUCACGCCUAUGACAGGGUCUCCUCGUUGA